AUGGCGAGAAGAAGUCGUGACAGCAGAGAAGAAAGUGUAGCAGUAGCAAUAGACAAGGAUAAAGGGAGCCAAUAUGCUUUAAAAUGGGCAGUUGAUCGUCUUCUUUCGAGAGGCCAAUCUCUUACACUUAUUCAUGUUAAUCAAAAAACUGGGGCUGUUUCUAUGUCUAAUGUUAACGAUGAGGUUGGGAGACCAAAUAUAAAAUUAGUUGACAAUCAUACCAAAGAAAUGUUUCUACCAUUUCGUUGCUUUUGCUCGCGAAAAGAUAUAAAAUGCGCUGAAGUGGUAUUGGAGGAUAUGGAUGUAUCAAAAGCUUUAAUCGACUAUGUUUCGUAUUAUUCGAUUGAGACUUUAGUAGUUGGAGCAUCAUCCAGGAGCAGUCUGGUCAAAAGAUUCAAAACCCCAGAUGUUCCGACUAGUGUUACCAAAGGGGCACCGGCAUUUUGCAAUGUGUAUGUGAUUGCAAAAGGAAAGAUUUCAUCAGUACGAUCAGCUACCAUGCCACCGCCGCCGGUUAAACAGCCUCCCCAUGCUCAUAGUCAUAGUCAAUUACAGACCCAGCUCAGCCACAUUCCUGAUCCAAUUGAAUCACCUUCUACACAUCACCAAAGAUAUGCAGGACCCGACGUGUCACAACUUCAAUCCCGUAGCAUUCGAGAAGAUAUGGAAAUCAGGUCACCUUUUGGUAGAGCUUCAGCCCCUAAGUAUGAGCCUUCAAUAACGGAUUCAGACAUAUCAUUUGUGAGCAGUGGAAGACCAAGUAUUGAUCGGAUGUUUCCAUCUUUCAAUGACCCUGUCCCUUUGGAUUAUGGAAUGGAUUCUCGCUUUUCGAACAGCUCAGAGCUCUAUGCUCCGCAUUUUUCAAACAGCUCAGAGCUCUAUGCUCCUCAUCUUUCAAGCAGCUCAGAGUACGACAACAUGAGCCCCAGAGGGUCGCUCUUGAUAAACAAGUUGACAGAUAUGAAUUCUUCUUUGUAUGAUGUAUCAUCAAGCUGCCAAGGAAGUGUAAAUAGUAUGUCAUGGUCAUCGCAGUCUUCAUCCGCAGAAGAUGUAGAAGCAGAGAUGAGAAGGCUAAGGCUAGAGCUGAAGCAAACAAUGGAUAUGUACAGUGCAGCCUGCAAGGAAGCACUCACUGCAAAACAUACGGCUAGGGAAUUUCAACGCAUGAAAUCUGAAGAACACCAGAGAUUUGAAGAGGCGCGUCAUGCUGAGGAAGCUGCAUUAACACUUGCAUUGAAGGAGAAAGCAAAGUGCAGGGCAGCUCUUGAGGCAGCCGAAGCAGCUCAGAAACUGGCACAACUCGAAGCAGAAAAGAGGAAGAAUGCCGAGAUGAAUGUAGGGAAAGAAGCUGAGACUGGUUUGAGGUAUGCUGACCCCAGGUACCGGAAGUACACAAUCGAGGAGAUCGAAAAAGCAACUGACAAUUUCGCAAGUUCUCGUAAGAUUGGAGAAGGCGGUUACGGUCCAGUAUUCAAAUGUAAUCUUGAUCAUACACCUGUGGCAGUAAAAGUUCUUCGCCCAGACGCCGCGCAAGGACGAUCACAAUUUCAGCAAGAAGUUGAAGUAUUAUGCAACAUACGACAUCCAAACAUGGUUCUUCUUCUAGGAGCUUGCCCGGAAUAUGGUUGCCUAGUGUACGAAUACAUGGCUAAUGGGAGCUUAGAAGACAGGCUAUUCUGCAGAGGGGGAAGUCCUGUUCUUCCAUGGCAAGAAAGAUUCCGAAUAGCUGCGGAAAUCGGGACUGCGCUACUUUUUCUGCACCAGUCCAAGCCGGAGCCACUAGUGCACCGCGACUUAAAACCCGGAAACAUUCUACUUGAUCGUAAUUACGUUAGCAAGAUUAGUGAUGUUGGUUUGGCAAGGCUGGUUCCUCCAUCAGUAACCGACUCUGUAACUCAAUAUCGAAUGACUUCAACCGCUGGAACUUUCUGUUAUAUCGACCCCGAAUAUCAGCAGACAGGAUUGCUGGGAGUGAAGUCUGAUGUUUACUCAUUCGGCGUUAUGCUUCUGCAAAUAAUAACCGCGAAGCCACCGAUGGGAUUGGCUCAUCAGGUUGAAAGCGCAAUCCAGAUGGGGAAUUUGCGCCGAGUAUUAGACCCUGCAGUUCCAGACUGGCCGAUGGAAGCCACAUUGUCAUACGCCAAGAUGGCGCUUCAGUGUGUGGAGCUUAGAAGAAAAGACAGGCCGGAUCUCGGCAAAGUGGUGGUGCCUGAGCUUAACAGGCUGAGAGCCCUUGCCGAAGAUACAAUCCCAAGCAUUAGUCCUAUGAGCACACCAAGUACUUCACCAGAUCACAGUGAAGUUUCCACAAAGAGAGAAAGAUCAAGCGGGUCCUCCUUGUCGUCUAAUCAUUAUUGUUUAUCUAGGAGUCUUUGA